UGGAGGUUUCAGACGCGGUUGGUCGCUGCUGGGCGAAAAGCUGUUUUUGGACUUUCUAAUGUGUAUUUUUACUUUCUUUUUUCCGUCUCCGCUUUAACUUCGCAGGUUUCGCUCUGAAACUAUAGUUUCAUUAAAACGGAUCUUCAUCCGGGUCGGAGCAGACGCAAAAGCUUACCUUUGUCUCAGGUUCGCAGUUUAGCUGGGACCUUUUUCAGAUGGAGGAGCUCAGUGAGGACUGCAGCCUGAAGGAUGACAUGGUGGAUGGGGACCUGGGUGAUGGGAUAGGAGUCACAACAGCACUCAGCUCCACUAGGAUGAAGAGUGACAGAGUGAGCGGUCGCUCAGAGAGUCGGCUGCUCAGGACAGACCCGCUGCAGUGCAGCAGUCGAGCAGGAGAGGCCGUCUGGACUCCUACAAUAAAAACUGCAGAGACACAGCAGAGAGCCCAGCGGGAGCCGUCAUACUUUGGCUCACUCGUGGACCUGUCUAAAGACGAACUCAAGGAAAGACUACAGGAAGCAACUAAGAUGAUAGAUGGACUAUGCUGUGAGCUUGAUGUAGCACACCGUUACUUUGAAGGAAAAUAUGAAGCUCUGAAGAUUCUGCAAGGCAAGGCCAUUCUUGACAAAGCUACAAGUCACACUAAAAGUGUGCUGCAGAAAACUGAGGAGAAAGCCAAAGCACUCGAGAAGGAGGUGAACAGUUUGCAGUGGGAGCUCAGCUUCUCUCAGGCUCAGAUGAAGAAAUCUGAGCAGUCCUGGGAGCACAAGCACAACAGAAUGUCAGGUGAGAACAAGAUUCUGACUGACAAGUUGCAGGAGAUGGAGAGUGAGAGCCAGCAGCUCCGAGCAGAAAACUCUGCCUUGAAGCGACAGUACGUGGAACUUCUCUCCAUGCUGAACGUGAAGGAGCAGAGAAUUUACCAAGCCACCAAACCUCAGUACAGCCUGGACACCGAGUCAGGUGUUCUGGAGUUGACUGUACUGGGAGCCUGCCAGUGUGCGUUUGAUACUGAACCGUGUCCAUGUAGUCGGACUGCUGCUGCCAGCAGGAAGCAGUUGGUCCAGUUACAACAGGAGCUGGAUGCUCAGCGCUUAAGGAAAGAAGAGGCCUUGAUGGUUGCAGAUGCUUUUCGCAUCGCCUUUGAACAACAGCUGAGGAAGCGAAGUGAGGAGUUCCUGCUCGUAGCCGAGGCCAAUAUUAAGAAAUCAAAUCACUCUAAAGCUGAAGGUGCCAACAAGAGUCCUUUAAUAAGUGUAAGUAAGAGGCUGAAGGCAUUGCUCCCCUCUGGUCUGGAGAUGAAGAUGCCUGAUGAACAUUUAGAGACUCUCUACAAGCUGCUGGACUUGCUGAACGACAAGGAGGAGGCCCUGGCCCACCAGAGGAAGGUGAGCAUCAUGCUAGCCCACAGCGCUGAGGAGCUGCAGAGACAGUUGCAUAUGGGUUCCAGUUGCCAGCUGCAGGACCCACCAGAACCCAGGAUUCAACAGAAGCAACCCCAAGCUCCACUGGAGAACCAGAGCCAGUCUCAGAAAACAUCUGAGACAUCAGAACCUGAGGUUGAAGUGUCAUCAGAGUGCAAACUCCACAGUCCACCACAGCUCUCUGAGUCCAGGACAGAAUCAGAGGGUGUGUGAGGCUCAUCAAAGACUAGCAGUAAGGUACUGGCUAAUUACAGGAGCUGCAGCCAGUUAUCGUCCUGAUCUCCCCACAUGAGGAAAUACACUGAGGGUUCUGUCUGAGCACUCGGGCUUUACUCUGAAGUCCCAAACUGUGACAGGUUCAUUUGUGACCUGUCCAGAGUAUACCCCAGUCCUAUCAUGGCUGGAGAUGCAUUAUAUGUUGCAUUGCAUGUUCAUCCAAUAUUAUAAUUUUAUCUUAGUCUGUAAAAUCAAUUGCUUACACAACACAUAACACAACAUCAGCUCUUUGCAAGCAUUUGAAACCAAGGCUAGCGACGGCCCAGAGUGGCGUUAAUGUCUCCUAAGCAAAGCUCUGCCAUCCCAGCCAGGCAGGCCGUCUGAUUAUCAACCUGCCUGUUAUGCAGUCAGCCUCAUAGAGCUGAGAUAGACAAAAGUACUGGGCUACCUCGUUGCCUUUGAAUUCAGGUGUUUAAUUCCAGAUCUUAGCCACGCCCUCUGCCUUUAUAUUUCAUCCUAGAGUCUUUCUCACUGAAUUUGAGGGUGAUACUGUAAGGUUUGAUCCAUGAUCAAAAAUGUCUUCCUCCUAAAUGGUCUCUAAUCAGCUGUGAGUUGUGUAAUUGCAGAGUGAAAGUGGAACCACACAGUCAUGAAAUGACAGCAUGCAGGAAGUUACAGAGCAGGUUCAGCGAGUGCUGCGAUGCCCACUGUGUAAGCGUUGCUGUGUCAGUGACGCGUGAGCUCUCCUGGCAUGCAUAUGAACAACAUGCAGGAGUGUAUGCAGCUGCUGUAGGUGUGACACGUAGGCUCUGGGGCCAUCGUGGCUCAAGAGUUGGCAGUUCGUCUUGUAACCGG